AUGUAUCCCCGGUUUCGACCGGAAGAAGCACUCAAACUGUUGGGCAAAGCCACAACUGCUCCACCGCGAAAAGUGGACUAUUAUGAUCGAUCGGAACCGGUUCAGGCACGAUUGCACAAAUCGCUCAAAUUAUGGACCCUGUACACAGACCUUGAGGAGAGCCUGGGCACCUUUGAAACCACCAAGGCGGCGUAUGAUCGAAUGAUUGAUUUGCGAAUCGCCACUCCCCAGAUAAUCAUGAAUUACGCACUGUUUCUGGAAGAGUUGAACUAUUUCGAGGAGGCGUUCAAGGCUUACGAGAAAGGAGUUGCUCUGUUCCGUUGGCCAAACGUGUACGACAUCUGGGCGGCCUAUUUGGCAAAGUUUAUGGAGCGAUAUGUGAGUAUAGUUGUUAAAUUCCGACACAAUUUUUAA